CGAUUCUUAAAGAUCCCUAGGGAGCUGGGAGAAGGAGCCACGCCCACUUUGCUCAAAUUUUUCUUCAUUGCGCAUGAUUCCUAUCCCCCCUCAAAUUCAGCUCAUCGAAUUCAUAAAAUUGUGCGACAAAGCGACAAUUCUUUUCUGCCAAUACAUUUCUGUGGCAGAAACGUCAAAAACGUAAACAAGUUGUAACUAAAGAGGUAGCCAUUUUGCUAGCAACGUAGUACACACUCAAAAGUAGUAUUUAUUAUUCAGUAUUAAAUAAAAAAACAUUAUAAUGUUUUUUGCAAUAAGAUUGAUGGCAGAAUUAGCAGAGGACGAGGAAGAAGAAAUUGAGAAUAUUCCUCGUUUGAGAUACUUAACAAUAAAUCCAUUGAACGCGUUGUCGGAAGCAGCUUUUAAAAAACAUUUCCGUCUAAAUAAGGCGUGUUUCUUAUCACUUCUAGAAGAGAUAACACCAUUUGUACGGGUUAGGAGGAGGUGCAGAUUAGAAUUGAAAACAAAGUUGUUGGUGACCCUUCUAUUUUAUGCCCAAGGAAGCUAUCAGACAAUUUUAGGCUCAAAUUUUUUCUGUGGUAUGAGUCAAAGUAGUGUUUGUAGAAGUAUUGAAGAGAUAACAAAUGCUCUGAGUAAUAGGGAAAUCCGUUUUCGACGGAUUCGCUUUCCUAGAAAUAUGCAAGAACUAUCACAGAGAAGGGCCAGAUUUUCUGAGGCAACACGUAUUCCUGGAGGCAUUGGAGUAAUAGAUUGUACCCAUGUUGCCAUUGUUUCACCUAAAGAAGAUGAACAUGUCUUCGUCAAUAGGAAGAAUGACCAUUCUAUGAAUGUACAAUUGAUUUGUGAUGAAAAUAUGUGGAUCAUGAAUGCUAAUCCCAAAUUUCCUGGCAGCAGUCAUGAUUCGUAUAUUUGGAGCCAAUCUGAUAUUUCAGGCAUUUUGGAACGAGCUCAUCGUGAAAAUGGAGGAAAUUUUUUUCUACUCGGUGAUUCAGGAUACCCUCUAAGGCCUUGGUUACUUACGCCCUUAAGGAAUCCUUUAAGUGAGCAGGAGGAGAGGUUCAAUAAUAAAUUCAAAAGGGUAAGAAGCAUCAUAGAAAGGUGUAAUGGCUUACUGAAAAACAGGUUUCGCUGCCUCUUAAAACAUCGAGUGCUCCAUUAUGAACCAAAGAAGGCAGUAUCAAUAAUAAUGGCAUGUUGUGUGCUACAUAAUAUCUGUCUGGAAAAUAAUAUCGAAGAACCAGAACAAGAUGAAGAAUUCUUAAAUGCUGAUCAAGGAAUUAUUAAUGACAGAAAUUACCGAGUAACAGGCAGGAACCCAACAGUCCAAGAUGAUCUAAUCGCUGGCAGACAGUUAAGACAGUCGAUUAUUGAGAAUAAUUUCUAAUAGCAAUUUUAGGAAAAUUACAAGGACUCUUCUUCUGAAGCAACAGAUCCUGACAUUAGAGGAGCAACAGACCCCGACAUUAGAGAAGCAAUAGAGUCCCACACUGUUCCACAGUAUCAAUGUGGUCCAAAAAAAAAAAAAAAAUAUUUAUUUAUUUCCUGUUUGUAAUAAAUGUUAGUGUUAUAGUAGAAACGAAGUGCAACUUGUAAGCACAGAAAAUCACUCCACAGCACUCUUGACCACGAAUUAAAAUGAAUGCUCUGUAUACUAUCAAAUAUGUAUGGGACUGAAUGAACCUUCAAAUAAAUAUAUAUUUUUCACAGCAA